ACUCGCCGAGGUUGGCGGCGGCGCCAUUUUGAAUUGGCUGAGGGUCGGAGGCGGUGGUUGCUGAACCGGGCUCCGCGUCCCCCGAGAAGACCAGCGAGAAAGGAGCGAGUUCUGAAUAUGGCAGCGAAUAGGAACUUGAAGCAAGUGCGGAUCGAGAAUAGCUCCCCGGCGGCGCCGCUGGGCAUGAUGGGGGGUGGUGGCGGCAACCUGAAGGGAUUGCGGGGCCUAGAGUCGGAGAGUGAGGCAGCGGCGGCCAUGGCGCUAGUGCCGAGCAAAGAAGGUGGAGAUGAAGAGCAGGAGGUUGGGUUCACCAUCGAUAUAAAAAGCUUUCUCAAACCUGGCGAGAAGAGCUACACGCAGCGCUGCCGGCUGUUCGUGGGGAAUCUGCCUACUGAUAUCACCGAGGAAGAUUUCAAGCGCCUCUUCGAGCGCUACGGGGAGCCUAGCGAAGUCUUCAUCAAUCGUGACCGUGGCUUUGGCUUCAUUCGCCUGGAAUCUAGGACACUGGCUGAAAUAGCAAAGGCAGAACUUGAUGGUACUAUUUUGAAGAGCAGACCACUUCGAAUUCGAUUUGCUACACAUGGAGCUGCCCUAACUGUCAAGAAUCUUUCACCUGUGGUUUCUAAUGAGCUGCUGGAACAAGCAUUCUCUCAGUUUGGGCCAGUGGAAAGAGCUGUUGUUGUAGUAGAUGAUCGUGGCAGAGCUACAGGAAAAGGUUUCGUAGAGUUUGCAGCAAAACCUCCAGCACGGAAAGCUCUAGAAAGAUGCAGUGAUGGGGCAUUCUUGCUAACAACAACACCUCGACCUGUUGUUGUAGAACCAAUGGAGCAAUUUGAUGAUGAAGAUGGGCUCCCAGAGAAGCUAAUGCAAAAAACACAACAGUAUCACAAGGAAAGAGAACAGCCACCACGCUUUGCUCAACCUGGAACAUUUGAGUUUGAGUAUGCUUCACGGUGGAAGGCUCUUGAUGAGAUGGAAAAGCAACAGCGUGAACAGGUUGACAGGAACAUUAGAGAAGCCAAAGAGAAACUAGAGGCAGAAAUGGAAGCAGCUAGACAUGAGCAUCAGCUAAUGCUGAUGAGGCAAGAUCUCAUGCGCCGUCAAGAAGAAUUGAGGCGUUUGGAAGAACUUAGAAAUCAAGAACUUCAAAAACGCAAGCAGAUACAAUUGAGACACGAAGAAGAACAUCGGCGUCGUGAAGAAGAGAUGCUACGCCAGAGGGAACAGGAGGAAUUACGACGACAGCAGGAGGGAGGAUUUAAGCCAAAUUUCAUGGACAAUUUGCCAAGAAGGUUACAUGCAAGCCAGUAAAAUAUGGAAAAUAGUGUUCUUCAUGAUUUCUCCAGGAAAGAUGAUAUACACAGUUGCUUUAGAGAAGCAAGACUAUUCACAUGUACUUUUUCUUGGAAGAAAAUAUGUAAACUGCAAUUACAAAGAUGGGAAAUACUGUCUUUUAAAAUGCUAACGUUCUUCAUUCUUUGAUAAAAUAGCACUGCCUUGUUCCAUAUAUUAUGUUCCACUUUAAGGGACAGAGCAUGUGAAAGGUAAGCUGCAGCUCCAGUUUUAAUCAACUUCAAAUCAAAAGCCUUUUCCAGAAGGCACAAAAGGAAAACUUUAAUAAUGAAAGAGUAGUUCAUCUUCAGUUUUCUUCCAGUGUGGAACAUUGUGCUUCUAGAACUUCCAGCAUUGUAUCAGUAGCAGUUCCACAUCUGACAUUUUCAGAACCAGAGCUGUGCCAAAUAAGACAAAUAAAGUUUCUGCCUUAGUGUGUGAAGAAUGCAAUUAUUACAUUUAAAAAAUUGAAUAUUCAGAGUUUUGAAAGAAAAUGUAUGAAAUAAUUGUCAUAUAUUGAAUUACUGGUUUAAAAGUGAAAAUUAUGUCAUCUUGGCAGAUGGGAUGGUUAUGCUUUUAGAACCAUUUUGGUAUAUGUGCCAGUUUAUUGUUGCCAUGUUAUGCUUUGUGUAGUUUUUGUAAUAUCACUUAAUGCAUGUUCAGCAUCAUUCUUGCAUCACAGUUGUGUACAGUUUCAUAUUUUUUCACACUGCUGAAUGCAAAUGUCUGUAGAACGGGGGUACUAGAGCAUUUGUUUAGUAUUAUGUAACUUGUUCAAGAGGGAUUUUCAUUGCUAAGCUUGCUUUCUGUUUUGUGUUCACUCUGCAUGUUUUGUGCAAAAAACACUUUUUUCUAUUGCAUAUGGGGAAAAAGUAGUAAGUCAUGAAAAUGUGUUUAUUAGGAAGGUAAAUUGAAGUCCUGGAUGCCUCUUACUGUUUCUAAAAUGACAGCUGGCUCAGGAGAAUAAAAUCACUUGGUAUACUUUCAUGCAUGAUUACAUCUAGGUUUUUUUUCCCUGCUUAUGGCCCACUUUAGUAUUAAUGUUCAAGAUAAAAAAAAAUUCUGAGUUUAGAUUCCAUAGGUAAUCUGGUUUUAAUCACAAGCAUGUGUACAAGACAGUAAAUUAAUCGCAAAUGACUUGAUGUUUGCUCUGAAUAGUGCUGUAACUCCCGAAGUUGUAUUAAACCUAAAAAAAAAAUAGUUUGAGUUUCAUCAUUUUUAAAGUGAAACUUUAAAAAUUGUAUUGAGUGAGAGUAAGCCAGUCCACUGGGGGUGGGGGAAAGUACAAAUCUGUGGAGAAAUGAUGCUCUUGUUUUGAGUUGUAUUAUGUUACUGGGUAUGCAUAUUUUACUCUUUAAAUUGGGACCAUUGUGCAAAACUGUUUGUUAUAAAGACUUAGUGAGAAAUAUAAUUUGUCUUAUUUUACCCAGUUACAAGCAUUAAUUCAUUGUUAGCAUCUUAAAAAUAGAAUUGGUUAGAUUAGGCACAUGUACUUUACUGGAGAUGGUGGCGUGUUAGUAUGAAUAUCAGAAAUAGGAUAAUUCAAGUGAUGGUCGUUACCGAAGACUGAUAUAUUGUGCCUUUAAGCCUAGUUGGAUAAAAGCUGAUCUUGAGCAUUAUUCUUACUACCUUUGAAAUAAAUUCUUUCAUAUAUCUUUUUCUUAUUCCAGUUAACCCUAAACCUGAAUUUCCCAGGUGACUGAUAUUUUUGGGAAAUAAAUACUGGUUUUAAAACUGUGUGCCCAGAACCUCGAUACUGUAUUUGAAUUUCUGCUUUAUUGCUGUAGUAGUCACAGAAGUACUCACAGGUUUGAAAGUGUUCAUCUAGCUUUUGGGGGAGGGUAAGGGAUUGAUUAUUGUAUGUUGCUUAAUUCUUGAGGCCUUAGGUGGGAAAACUGGUAAUGUAGAAUCUUCUUAAUAUUAUUGUUUUAAAAAAAAUUAAAAAAUAAUCAAAAUUGUUUAAAAAUCUGGUAUCUUCAAAACUGCCCUGUGUUGAGGAAGCUGAAUGGUGUAUCUUUAAAGAAGGUGGGAAAACUUUAUUUUACUAGAGGUCUUAUGUAUUUAUCAAGUAUUUGAGCUCUAAAUCUUUCACUGAUCUGACACUGAGGACAUUGUGACUCAACCCUAACCUUCACUUAGUAUUAUGGUGAAAAUUCUGCAACCUUCUGCAAAGCUUUAGAAGUGAUGUGAGGACGUAAUGUGAGAUACUAACUAUAGGAUUGGGCCAAAUCAUUCAUCUUUGAAGAUUGUCACUGGCCUGCUCUGGGUAUCCCUAUCCAUUCCAUUUAGGACUUUGUUUCCUAUUCUGUAUUCCGGGUUUUCUUUUAUUGUAAAAGGCUUUAACUUUCCCUGAUGAUGUGCAAGAUAAGAGCUGUAUAAAACUUUAUUUGGGGGUUGUAAUACUAAACUUGAUGGAAGUGGGUUAAAGGAAAGAAUCAGGUGUCAGAUGCACAGUAAAAACAGUCCCUUAUAUGAUUUGGCAAGUCAUUACAUACCUCCCCGUAUGUGGUUUUUUUAGUAUAUGAAUAUCAUGUAUGUAUUCUUAACCUGUCGUGUCUUUGAAUUUAUGGCUUUUCCUAAGAGGGAAAA